AUGGGAGAUGCUGCGCCACAACCAAAAUCCAUCCUUCGAGGACACAAGGCCCAGGUUCAUGCGCUAAACUUCGUGCGCGGCAAUGAGCGCCUGGCCAGCGGCGAUGCUGAAGGCUUCGUCGUCCUCUGGGACCUGACCAUUAUGCGCCCGACGGCAGUUUGGAGGCCGCACGAGAAUGCCAUCUUGGGAAUCGAGUCUUGGGGAAGCGACCGCAUCAUAACUCAUGGCCGGGAUCAUCGGCUUGUCGUCUGGAAGCUGGGCCGCGAAGACGAGGUCGACCUCAGCAAGAAGCUACCCUUGGACGAGACGACAGAAUCUCGACCACAGCCUCGAAUUCUUCACACGAUUGACGUCAACACCAUGAACUUCUGCUCCUUCGCGUCUUGUGUGCCUCAAGGAGUCCCUCGUGACGGAUCCGAAGCCACCGACCUGUUGCUGGCGGUGCCAAACACACUAGCCUCGGAAUCGGUCGACAUCUACGAAUUACCAUCGCACAAACGACUUCACACAGUCAAAUCUAGCGAUAAGAAUGGUAUGGUCAUGGCCCUGGCCCUGCUGUACGUCGAUGGAGCAUCACCUGCAACCUCGUCCGCCAAUGGCGUCUUGACCCUCAUUGCCGCCUAUGAGAAUGGCUUGGCAACGGUUUUGCAGCAGCAGCUCACCGCCGCUGGUGGAACGUGGAAAACCGUCUACAUCUCAAUGGUCCACCAACAACCCAUUCUUUCCCUUGACAUCGCCCCGGAUCGUGGUUUUUUUCUUACCUCCGGCGCCGACGCGGUCGUGGCGAAACAUCCUCUCCCGGGUCUUAAGUCCGCUGUUGACGACGACCGGCAGGUCGUACAGCAACCGUUGAAGAUCGCAAAUACCAAGCACGCAGGCCAGCAGGGUUUACGCAUCCGGGACGACGGUCGCAUAUUUGCAACCGCAGGCUGGGAUUCCACGGUGCGCGUCUACUCAUCCAAGACAUUGAAGGAGGUGGCGACCCUCAAAUGGCACCCAGUGGGAUGCUAUGCCAUUGCUCUGGCCAGCGUUGACGCCAAAUCGCGGGAACGAGGGACUUCAAGCGAUCCCCACGAAGAACCACCCCGCGAUCUCGCGUCUCGCUCCGGACAAUUGAGCGUCAAGGACAGACGCAUCCUCCAGGCCCAAACAGCCCACUGGCUGGCCGCUGGAAGCAAAGACGGCAAGGUUUCCCUCUGGGAUAUGUUUUAA